GUGGAGGAGGAGGAGGAGGAGGAGGUGGUAAUCGGAAAGCAGGAGCUUCUAGUCGCUGGGACGAUGAUGACGAUUUCAGCCUUGAUUUUGGCCCCCCUCGUUCCAACACAUUUAAUAAAGGACGUGGUGGUGGAAGAGCAGGUGGGCGAGGAAGGGGAGGUAGUGAUCGUGACAGAGACGGUAGGAGGGAUGCGAAAAGCAGGGGAAAGGUUCUUCCCAAGUCCCUGGCUAGUACAAGAGUUAAUUCAAAGCCAGGGGAUGGCUAUAAGCCAGAUACAAGCAACAUGCCCAUGCAGAGAAUCUUCAUGACCAAUGAGAACCAAGAGAAUCUCAGGAAGUUACUGCGGGAACUGCAAAUGCAGGAUUUUGAAGAACCCUAUGAUGAAUAUGCAUCAGAUUAUUCAGGAGAAGAGGAGGAGGAAUUUGACGAAUUGGAUGACCGCGAGGAAGGCCAGUUUUGGGUCACCAAUGACGAGCCGGUAGAGAAAGCAGAGAGCCCGGUGGAGAAAGCAGAGAGCCCUCCUUAUGACUCCGGUGAUGAGUGUCCCACCCCUGAACCUGUUAUCUCCUUAUUUGCCGUUGGAAAACUCUGCAGGUAUGGUUUUGACAAGGAGCGUAGUGAACAGGCACUCGAGUCUGGUGGUGGAGAAUUUGGGGCAACCUUAGAACGGCUUCUAAUCCAGGUUUUUAGCGAACGCUAUGGGCAUGGUUCGGUUUUCCCUGAUGGACUUUUGGGUGUGCCAAUGGAUGAGUGCUUAAAUCAGAGGCAGGAGGAAGCUCUGGCCCUAACUGCCAUAUACAGUGAGCGCUUUAAAGAACGCAUUUCCAAUGCUGUGUGGACAAUAACCCUGGAUCUUCCAUUCCUGUCACUUGACGCUGCCAAAAACGGAGGAAAGGCUGGAGGCCAAACUAGGAGAGACGGUCCGAAAAAUCGUGACAUAUGCAAAUUCUACCUAAAAGACCAAGGAUGCCGCUUCGGUGACAAAUGCAAGUUCAGACAUGAACUUCCAGAAAAAGAGAGGACUGGAGUCUCAGACCCCGAGGCCCCAAGCCAACCUGGAUUUAGCAGCUAUUCUCCUCCGGAAUAUGAACUGGAAAUUCGCUUCCCCAAAGGAAACCGCUACCCUCAUCAGGCACCCAUCGUUGCCUUCAGCACCAACGAUGACUCUGUCGGGGCUGCAGGGAGGCUCAGCGUCACCGAGAGGUUGUUUGGAGAGGCGCUGGCUGCGGCACAGUGCAGCGAGCCUGUUGUUUACACUCUCAUAACCUUUUGUGAGGAUGAAAGUAGUAUGAAAGAACUGUUGGCUGUGAGUCAUCACAAAUAUAGUUCACUGCCACCUGUAGUGGCGGUUCCUCCUCCCUCUCUCCCCGUAGCAAAAACUAAGAGUGUGAGGAGCGGCGCCUCUGAGGAAAGGAGCAGCAGCACCAGCGGCAGUAAUCAUACAUCCAGCAGGAGGGCUGCUAAUAGCCAGCGACACGUAGAUUUGAGAGAGGCCGAGACAGAGGAGCUGGAUGAGAGGGAUGAGGAUACCGACGAUGAGGCUGUACCAGUUGUUGAGAAUGAAAGUUAUGUCAGUCUGAGGAAGAAGAUGGUGAAUAAGCACAAUCAUAAGAUGGACAACGUGCUGAAAGUAAACGGCAAGCUGUGCCGAGAGUUCCAGGGGAAAAAGUCAUCCAGACGCUUCAGGUCCAUGCUGGAAGAGAGGAAGAAGCUCCCAGCCUGGCGAGAAAAGGAGAACAUUCUGGAUGCAUUGGACGGGUGUCAGGUGCUGGUGGUCAGUGGGAUGACUGGUUGUGGCAAGACCACUCAAAUACCUCAGUUCAUUCUGGACGCCUCUUUAAGUGGUUCUGCAGAGCAGGUGGCCAACAUCAUUUGCACCCAGCCUCGCCGUAUUUCUGCCAUCUCUGUGGCACAGAGAGUUGCCCAAGAGCGUGCAGAGUCUCUGGGCAACACGGUGGGCUACCAGAUCCGCCUGGAGACCGUCAGGUCGUCAGCCACCAGGCUGCUGUACUGCACCACCGGCGUGCUGCUCCGGAGACUGGAGGGGGAGGUUGAACUCGGAGACGUCACGCACGUUAUUGUGGAUGAGGUGCACGAGCGAACGGAGGAGAGUGAUUUCCUGCUGUUGGUGCUCAAAGACCUAGUUGUGCAAAGACCAGACCUGAAGAUUAUUCUCAUGAGUGCCACUCUUAAUGCCGGCCUUUUCUCUGAGUAUUUCUACAACUGUCCCACUAUCCAUAUACCAGGACGAACCUUCCCUGUUGAUCAGUUUUUCCUUGAAGAUGCCAUCACUAAAACUGGUUAUGUCAUUGAGGAUGGCAGCCCUUACAUGCGCUCAGGGAAACCCAGUUCUUCCACGAGCGGGCGAGGAACCAGAGGAGAGUCGAGGGACGUGGUGGAUGACCUGGGUGAAGACAUGUGGAACUUCAUGUCUUUCUCUAAGAAGGACUUUGUGAAAGACUCCAUCCCAGACCAGCAACUCAGCCUGCAGGAACUCACAGUCAGAUACAAAGAUGUUAGGAAGCCUGUGCUUAAGACCAUUGCUGCAAUGGACCUGGAUAAGAUCAACAUGGAUCUGGUGGAGAGCCUGCUGGAGUGGAUAGUAGAUGGAAAGCACAACUACCCACCAGGCGCAGUGCUGGUGUUCAUGCCGGGCCUCGCUGAGAUCAAGAUGCUCUAUGAGCAGCUGCAAUCCAACAGAAUGUUCAACAACAGGAGGGGAUGCAGGUGUGUGGUGUACCCGCUCCACUCAACCUUGUCUAAUGAGGAGCAACAGGCAAUUUUCAGCCGGCCCCCAGAGGGCGUCACAAAAAUCAUCAUCUCCACAAACAUCGCUGAGACCUCGGUAACCAUUGAUGACGUGGUGUAUGUUAUUGACUCUGGCAAGAUGAAGGAGAAGAGGUAUGAUGCAUCUAAAAGCAUGGAGAGCCUGGAGGACUCGUGGGUGUCUCGGGCCAGCGCACUACAGAGGAAGGGCAGAGCGGGUCGCGUGGCCUCUGGCGUCUGCUUCCACCUGUUCACCGGCCACUGCUUCCAACACCUGCUGGCUGAGCAGCAGCUGCCCGAGAUCCAGAGAGUUCCUCUAGAGCAGCUCUGCCUCCGAAUCAAGAUCCUGGACGUGUUUGCUGAGCAGCUGCUGGAGUCGGUCUUCUCUCGGCUCAUCGAGCCUCCUGCGGUGGGGAGCUUGGAUGCAGCCAGGCAGCGACUUCAAGACCUGGGAGCGCUGACUGCAGAUGAGAGGCUGACCCCACUGGGAUACCACCUGGCCUGCCUGCCCGUCGACGUGCGCAUUGGGAAACUCAUGCUGUUCGGAGCCAUCUUCCGCUGCCUCGACUCAGCACUCACCAUCGCUGCCAGUCUGGCUUUCAAAUCACCGUUUGUGUCUCCAUGGGAUAAACGAGAGGAGGCCAAUGAGAAGAAACUUGCCUUUGCGGUGGCUAAUAGUGACCAUCUUGCAUUGUUGCAAGCAUAUAAGGGAUGGUGCUCGGCUGCAAAGAACGGUUAUAAGGCUGGAUUCAUUUACUGCAGGGAGAACUUCCUGUCGUCGCGCAGUUUACAGGAGAUUGCCAGUCUGAAGAGACAGUUUGCCGAGCUGCUGUCCGACAUCGGCUUCGUUAAGGAGGUUUUGAGAGCCAGGGCUAUUGAACGUAUGUCCAAAAAUGGCACUGACGGUGUUUUGGAGGCUACUGGUCCCGAGGCAAACCUUAACUCGGACAACAUCCGGCUGAUGUCUGCCAUGCUGUGUGCUGCUCUCUAUCCCAAUGUGGUCCAGGUUCGAUCUCCACAGGGGAACUACAAGAUGACCAGCAAAGGAGCGAUGAAGAUGCAGCCCAAAGCCAACGAGCUGCGUUUCAUUACCAAGAGCGACGGCGGUGUUCAUGUGCACCCCUCGUCCGUCAAUUACACGGUCCGCCACUACGACAGCCCCUACCUGGUUUACCACGAGAAGGUGAAAACCAGCCGUAUCUUCCUUCGUGACUGCAGCAUGGUGUCCGUUUACCCGCUGGUGCUGCUAGGAGGUGGGCAGGUCAACGUUGAGCUGCACAAAGGAGAGUUUAUCAUCUCCCUGGACGAUGGAUGGAUCCGAUUUGCUGCUGCAUCACAUCAGGUGGCCGAGCUGGUGAAGGAGCUGCGCUGGGAGCUGGACAAACUGCUGGAGGACAAAAUCCGAAGCCCGAGCAUGGACCUGUGCAGCUGCCCACGCGGCUCACGCAUCAUCGACAUGAUCGUCCACCUCAUAACCACCCAGUAGCCCCGCUAGUCGUUACCCCCCUCUGUCACCCUGAAGGAAUUAAAUCAGCGAGCUCUGUCUUGUAAAUAUAUUUGUGCUCCUGUAUCACUGCCACAAAGUGGCUCUACUGAUGUAUUGCUCCUCUGAUUGGGAAAGAAGCAGCAUGGUCAAUUUUGGAUUUGAAGGGAGUUCCUCAGCUUGAAACAUCGCUCAUGUGGCCACAUGAUAACGGCCCACAAGUAUACAUUCAUUCUGUUGCUGCAGAAGGGGCUUUUCAAAUGAACUGUUGCCUUCAAAAAUAGCUCUAUGCAGAUGAUCAAAAGUCUUAUUUUGAUAUUUUUAAAACGCAGCAAUAAGAGAGCUCUUGUGUUAUGAUGCCACAAAAAAAAUAAAUUACUGUACACGCAGUAAACUUGCAUGCAAUUGAUGUAAUUCUGCACGCAGUGCAGUUAUAUUUUUUGGUUGUGUGUCUUAAUCACAACUGAAAUGUUUCUUGGGUCCAUAUUGGAUUUCUUACACUGAAGUGUGUGUGUGCCCGUGAAUAAUUCUUUGUAAAGCAGGAUUGAGAAUCCUAAAGCUUCUGCAUGAAAUCCAGUUGUUUUUACAUUUUCCGAAUGUGAGUUAUUAUCAAGGUGAUGUCGGAGCUCCACUCGUACUGUGUGAAUAUUAUAAGGGCUUUUGUAAUCCGGGUCGGUGGAAGUUGCCAAAGAACUUGAAUGCUGGUGUCUUAACCAAUUAUAAAAUCCACCACACAAUGCACCUCCAUAUAAGAAUAAAAUGAUGACAAUACGUUACUUGUCAUUUG